AUGGCUGUUAUCUCUGAAACUUCCGACAACUCCAAUGGCAACGAUCGAGACCCAAACAAGAAACCGCAACAACUCCGCAAGAAACCCAAAAAAGUACAGAAGAAAGUUUCUGUAUCACUUCCCGACGACCUCACCGAAGAAUGCUUAGCGUAUGUUGGGAGAUGUCAUUACCCGAAUCUGUCUCUCAUCUCCAAGACCUUUCAUCGUCUCAUCUCUUUGCCGAAAGACCGUCCCAUCUCUUUGCCAAAAGAUCGUCCCGUAUCUUUGCCGACUCUCUACAAAACGCGCUCCAUUGUCGGCCGCACAGAACCCGUUAUGUACGCAUGCAUAGGAUCCCUUCUUUUCGGAAGCCCUAGCUGGUAUAUCCUUCAUCGAGUACCCUACAAGAACAUGCCCAACACGGUUUCUCUGCGGCUGCGGAAAAUCGAGUCUCUCCCUCCCAUGCCUUGGGGAUCUGCUGUCGUCACGAUCGGGUACGAGAUGUACGUGAUGGGUGGAUGCGUGAGCAAGAAACCCACAAAGACGGUGAUGCUCAUCGACUGCAGAUUCCACACGUAUAGCUUCCUCCCGAGUAUGCGAGUGGCUCGAUGCCAUGCUGCGACCGGAGUGAUCGACGGGAAGAUAUACGUACUCGGAGGCUGUGAGAUGCGAAAAAUGAACUGGGUCGAAUCUUUCGACCUCAAAGAAAAGAUUUGGAACAGAUACGAGUGGUCACCGCAACCCAAAAAUGUGAGCAGUGGGUUUGCGACCUACGCGGUGAUGGAGAAGCGUAUUUACGUCUUGGGUGAAACAAGAUGCUACACCUACGAACCCAGAGGAGAAGAAGGUGCAUGGAAGUCAUUGUUACCUACACAGUUUCACAUGAAUUCUUUGUGGAAAAAGUGUUCUUGUGUGAUUGAUGGCAUGCUGUUUACCAUUAAUCCUAUGUGGAUGCAUGAACUUGCGCUCUGGAGUGAACAUCCAGUGCUCGUAUAUGAUCCAAGAAGUAACAACUGGAGACCCUUGUUUGGUUUACAAGGCUUUCCGGCUAAUAUGCUAUUGUGGGAGUCUACAAUGGUGAAGGAUUUUUAUGAAGCAGAGUGGCUAAGAAACUGUUAUCUGACACCUUAAGACUAAGCUGCGGAGAGUGGGCCAUUUUCUUUUAAUCUGUCUUUAUAUUAAAAUAAAAAAACAACAAAACUUGUUGAAAAU